AUGCUGCAGCGAGAUUGGGAAGAAGCAACGAGAGGCAACGAGAGGCAACGAGAAGCACGGAGGCAACCAAAGCAAGAGAGGCAACCGAACAACGAGAAGCCGAGAGCAACGAGAAGCACGAGAGGCAACGAGACAAGCAACGAGAGGCACGAGAGCACGAGGCAAGAGAAGCAACGAGAAGCACGAGCAACACGAAAGCAACGAAGGCAACGAAAGCACGAGACGCAACGGAGGCAACGAAGCAACGAGAGGCACAAGAGCAGCAACGAGAGGCAACGAGAAGCAACGAGAGGCAACGACAAGCAACGAGAGGCAACGAGAGGCAACGAGAGGCAACGAGAAGCAACGAGAAGCAACGAGAGGCAACGAGAAGCAACGAGAGGCAACGAGAGCAACGAGAGCAAUAGAACCAACGAAGCAGCAACGAGAUCAACGAGAAGCCACGAGAGCAACGAGAAGCACGAAGACCGAGAGCAACGACAAGCACGAAAGCGACGAGGGCACGAGAGCACGAGCAACGAGAAGCAACCGAGGCAACGAGGCGCACGACAAGCAACGAGAGGCAACGACAAGCAACUACGAGAGCACGAGGCAACGAAGCAACGAAGCAACGAGGCACGAGAGGCACGAGGAGCAACGAGCGGACACGAGAGGCAACGCGAUGCAACGAUAAACACCGGAGCACGAGAGGCAACGAGAAGCAACAAGAGGCGAUGA